UUUUCUUCCAAAACAAACAAUUAUAUUCUUCGUGAUCAUGCAAAUAUAAGCAUUGACCUUGAUCACCCCACUUCUUGACUAUGAUAACAGAUAAACAUCUAACGCGUUUGCUCAUCACACAUUAAGCCCUUACGUGUACACCGCACAAUAAUCUAUAUAAUUAUGUCACAUACAAUUACAAAACUGCAUUAGGCAAGAAUACUCGCCGGCCGGCCGCCUGGCCUUCUAAGACAAAAUAAUCGCUCCAACGAAAUCACACCUUAAAUCCUUGAAGCGUUGUUUAAUCACCACGAAAUUAAAGAUCAUUUAGACAAGCAGCGAACAUUCGUGUUACAAGCCUCGCAUGCGACAGAAGUGUGUUGCGACAGUGGAAUAAAUAUUAAAUAGUAAAAUGUCAAAUUACGGACAUUACGCUGUGGUUGUGUUGAGUGUAUGUAUUUAUGGCAGCCUGCAACUGGUGCCUUUGCCGGACUACAUCCAUCCCUGUUCAGAGCUAAGCGACGAAUGCUUCACGAAAGCCACACUGGACGCCAUUCCCGGGAUCGUGCAGGGAAUCCCUGAGGCCGGGAUCCCGCCGCUGGACCCUCUGCUGAUGGAUAAGAACAUCAGCAUGACUCUACCCGGGAAUCUGAGGAUGACCUUCCAUAAUGCGAAACUCGUUGGAUUGAGUUCUUGUAUUCCUGAUAAAGUGUCCUCUCGUCGUAAGAAGCGUACCUUCGUGUUCGACAUGCACUGCAACUUCACCGUCACGGGAGAAUACAGCCUCCGCGGUAGAUUGCUGCUGUUCAACUUGGAUACAGAAGGACAAGCCAAUAUAAAGAUCUACAACCAGCGCAUCCGUCUUGACGUGGUAGAACGAGUGGUUCUCAACGAUAAGGGCGAAGGGCAUUACAAGAUCAACUCGUACAAAUACAAGGCGGACUACGGGACAGACCUCAAACUAAACCUUACCAACCUUAUCAGAGGGAACCCACAAAUCAGUGCAAAUGUACUGCAAGUCCUGAACGCGGACUCGCAAGCUCUAGCCAAGGACUUCGGAGGCCCGAUCCUGGAUUACGCCAUAGACUAUGCGAUGAACGUGACACAGAAAUUCUUCGACACAUACACUUACGAUCAGAUCUCACAUGUGCCUUUAACAGAGGAUUUCUUCGAGAAAGAGUAAUAAGGUUUUAUGUAAAAAGGUUGUAUAUCUCUUUGGAGUGUCAAAAUUGACCAACGAACUUUAGGUUUAUUAUUGUUCAGCGUACAAAGAAUUAAGGAAAUAAGUUUUAUUCAUCAUUAGCUUUUUUUUUAAACUGUAUUUUUUCAGUGGAAAUAUGGAAUUGUGUUUUUUUGUUCCAUAGCUACAUGUCUAAAGACUCUGAACUGGUUGAUAAUCAUGCAUCCAAAUUGUAUGUUCGCUAAACUUUUGAUAAUACUUAUUUUCCUUUCAACAUAAUGAAUGGCAUUGAUAUUUGCGAAAAAUAUUGAUAUAUGAUUGGCAAACAUCCAAGCUUGUUAAGGAAGAUCAAAUAUUGAGUAAAACUUUACAGUGAUGCUUUCAAUUCAAUAUUUAAAAGAAGUGUGAUAUACUAUUGUAUAUUUUUAUGAUUAUUUUAAGCUUUAUAUCUAGACUUAAGACGAGGAAUCAUGGAUACGUAAAAUAGAUUAUUUGUAAGAAAGAUAAAUUCGUAAGAUGUUAUUUGGAUCUUAUUACUAAGGAGAUAGGUUUUAAAUGUGGUGUAAACUUUUAAUAAAAACAUGUUUUAUCGUAUAAAUUCAAUGUCAAACUAAUUCUAUGCUUCUUAAUAAAUAAGUUAUUGACCUUCUACUUUGACACACAAAACCUAGAAAAUCUAUCCUAUAUUAAAGUCUUGCGACAAACUACUUUAAAUGCCUAAUGUAUUUCGUAAAAAAAUCGUAUACUUUUGUCAUUUAGACAAGGUCAGAAAUAUUGUUAUUAAUACAUUGCCGUCGAUGUUAUAUCAAUUUGGAUACCAGAGCUAGGCGAACGCGCAAUGUAUUGCAAUUAACUCGAUAGUCUUAAUGAAUAAAUUAGGGACAAUUUAGACAGAGAAUUUUACGAAGCUCUCGUUCUCCUGUCAAAUUAAAAUGGAUAAUAUAUGAAUUGCUUUAAUUAAAUAAUGCUUAACUAUUAUUGCUAAUAAAACUUCCUGUAUUAAUAAGAAUAAAUAAUAAUCUUAUAAUAGA